AUGAAAGAGGUGUGUGAGGAAAGGCGGAGUCAGGCCCAGAAAUUUGACUCUGCUCUGAUCGCUGUUGGAUUUCGUCUUCCUCCGAGCAGAAAAAAAAAUCUUUUGAUUUGUUUGGCAGCGGGAGGCAACUGUGGCUUUGCGCUUAUCGAUAUCAGAUGUGGCGGUGCAGCAAAGAAUUCAACCAAUUGA